AUGAAGGCGCUGAUAGUAUCGGACGUUCACAGCAACCUUGAAGCGUUCCAGGCGGUGAUAGUGGACGCUGAGAAUCGCGGCAGUUUCGAUGAGAUAUGGUCGCUGGGAGACCUCGUCGGCUACGGACCUGAGCCGUCUGAGUGCGUGGAACUGCUUCGCUCUCACAAGCACAAUGCGGUCGCAGGCAAUCAUGACCUCGCUGCGAUUGGCAGACUGUCGCUUGAUCGCUUCAACCCAUAUGCAGCGGCUGCGAAUCGCUGGACAGCAUCGCAGCUCACUCACGAGCAGGUGGAGUAUAUCGGCAGCCUGCCGUUAACGGUUGAAAUUGACGAGUUCACACUGGCGCACGGCAGCCCACGCGAUCCCGUCUGGGAGUACCUAAUUACGGUGGAGACCGCCAUCGCCUGCUUCACGCAUAUCGACACCUACUGGUGUAUCGUCGGGCACUCGCACAUGCCCUUCCUGUGCAUACCGAGAGCGGACGGCGCGGCGUUCAUGGGAUUUCCGCAGGACAGAGCUAUUCAACUGGAUGAAGGCGCGCUCAUAGUCAACCCUGGCUCGGUCGGUCAGCCGCGAGAUGGCGACCCAAGGGCGAGCUAUGUCAUCUAUGACGAUGCGGCCCAGACGCUCGUGCACCACCGAGUCGCCUACGACAUUGAGGCAACGCAGGCGACGAUGCGCGAGCGUCAACUGCCCGACUACCUGAUUGACAGGCUGGCAGUUGGCAGAUAG